UUUCUUCUUUAAGAUCUCUUUGGGAUAUAAUCCCAGUAGAGAGAGCUGUAUUGAUAUGCCGCGGGCAUAGUUCCAAAUUGCUCUCCGGAAUGGUUGGAUUCAUUUCCAAUUACAUGGUGGGAUUGUUCCAGAAUUGAUGAGAAGUCAGCAGUUGAAGUGAUUUUGACCCUGGUUGGGAUCUUUCUCACUGCAGUAUUUGAAGAUUAAAUUUUUUUUUUUUAUUGUCAGUCACACUAUUAAUAGAGUGCAUAGCCAAUCACAUCGAUGUUUCUUAAAGCUUUAUGAGCCUAAGGGAGGGAGAAGAAUAGGAGAGGAGGUAGCUCAGGAUCAGUGUGGACAGGGGGACAAGCCUGUGAACAGAGAGACUAGGCCACUUCCUAGCUAUGUGGCGCUGGGAGUCACUCCACUCUCAGUGUUUACCUCAGUUUCCUCAUCUGUAAAAUGAGUCAGAGAAGGAAAUGGCCAAUUGCUUCAGUAUUUCUGACAAGAAAACUCCAAAUGAGACAUCAUGGCAGAAUAACAAGCUGACAAAAAAAAUCAGAGAAAGUCACUAUAAUGUCACCUAGGUAAGACAGAGAACAUCCUCCCCAGUAACAUUUAUACCUAUAUCUACACAUAUGUAAACACACACAUAUAUAACAACAAUAAUUCUUGUUAUAUGACAUACAUCUUAUAAUUUUCUAUAUAUAUCUGUGUGGGUGUGUACAUAAUUUAUAUACAUAUAUACUUCAAAUAAUGUGAAAUGUAAGAAAAAUGAGAUCUGGAGAAGAGAUCAAGAGGAGAAAAUGUAAGAAUAAUUGGACUACGUGAAAAAUGUGACAAAAAAAAAAAAAGAACCUUGAUUGACACAAUAAUGCAAGAAAUAAACCAAGACACUUGUCUUUGAGUAGAAUAUAAAGGGAAAGUAGAAGUAGAAAAAAUCCACUGAUCACCACCUUAAAGAGAUUUUUUUGUGGAAAACAGAAACAGUAUUCUUAUCUUUUGGGGGAGGAAAGGAAGGAGAAAAUUUGCAGCUCCAAAUUUUUAAAAAUGUUUAAAAUUGUCUUUAUUGGUAAUUGGAAUAAAAAUACUACUAAAACUAAAAGAAACCAACUCAUCUAAAAGGAACCUGAGAACUUUACAUUGUUAAUUUUUUUUCAAUUUUAAGAAAAUUUUAAUUGAUUUUUUUUAUAUCACCACAAUUUUCCUUAGAAUCCCUUCCUUUACCCUUCUCUCAGAGCCCUCUCCUAAAACAAACAUUAAUUUAAAAAAAAGAAGAAAAAUCAGCACAACUAAUCAAUAUUUUGAAAAAAGUCCUAAAAUGUAUGCAACAUGCAAAACCUUACAAAGUUAACUUUUGAGGGAAUUCAAUUAUAUAAUUACAUUAAACUCCCCAAGGGUUAGGGUAGUUUCAUUUUUGCCUUGAUCCCCCCCUCAGUAUCCCCUCCCCAAUCUAGCACAAUGCCUCCAAUCGAUUAGACCUUUGGUUUCUGGAAGAACAAGCUCUGCUAAGUCAGUGAGUUACGGACUUUAGUUCAGCUCUUUCUAUAUCAGGAGGCUCUGCAUGGGGAAUUGGGUCCCGAGUGGAGCAGGGACAACCAGAAGGACCAAGAGCAGGCGUGUGCUGCUUGACCUUGACCAUGAAGUAGAAAACUGGUAACAAAUGUGUCCAGGUAAGCAGAGCCUGCGCCCCCUACCCCUCCCGUCCCCUUUCUCCUAGACGGUGUCUGGCUGCCCAGCCACAAAUUCAUCUUUCCAGAGCUUGUGACGGCUCUGAGCCACUUGGCUCACAUCCCGCUGGCUCCACUCACUUGACUUCCCUAAACUUGCCCUUUCAUCAUUUCUUACACCACCUCACGAUUACCCGACGGUGCUGGGUCAUUCCCGGCGCCUGACCAGGAGCCCAGUUCUAACAAUGAGCAAGAACGCGAACUAGUUCCAACAUAAGCAUAAAUGAAUGACUUGAAAGUCGAGGAAAUGUUUGCUCCGCCAAGAGGGCCGGCCCUGGAGCCGCCCUGCUCUCCGAGAGCUGACUCUAACGGUCGUCUUGGGCAGGUUUCAGCUGGGGGCAAGUGGAAGUUCUAGGUCCAAGCAGAGCAAAGCGGAUUCAUGCUUUGUCACCAUGAAAAUCUGCCAAAAAGAGAAACAGAGGCAGCGGAUCCCGCCUGACCCAUUUAUUAGCAAGGCCAGUAAGUGCCACCAUGAGACCCCAGGCCCCGUCCGAAUGCUGCAUCAUUGUCCGGGCUGAGGUCCUUGGAGGGCAAGUAGCAAAGCAAUGACAACUGAGCUGGCCAGUGAUGCUGACCAGGGGCUGACCAGUUCCAGCCACACCGACCAAUGGCACCAACUGUCCCAAGUCACUGACCGAUGGAGCCCAUGUCCCCUUCCAAAUCACACUGACCAAUGGCCACAGGCAGGAAAGCCUGAGUUCAAAUCCGGCCUCGGACGUUUGCAGUAACUUCACUUCUCUUUGCCUCAGUUUCCUCAACUAUAAAUGGGAAUAAUAAUAGCACCUAUUUAAAAGGUUGUGGGGAAGAGCGACAAAACAAACUGCUGAGCCUGGAGCGCGGUCCCGAGAAGCUUAAGCAACAACGAACCACUGUCCACCUCAGACUGACCAGUUACUCAUAGUCUGCUGUCAGUUACUGCUGACAGGGCGGGCCCAGCCUGCACAGCGCUGACACCCCAGGGGCCUGGGCCCACGUGGUGACCAAGGGACCCAGUGUCCGCAAGCGUGGAAAGACCGUUUGUUAAAGAGCUCCGAGUAGUUUGUUCCACCACAACUCCCCAAAGGAGCUCCGCGUGGGCCUUUUCCUGGGGAGGGGGAGGUUCAAGGAAAGUUUCUCUCUCCAGCAUCUCCUUCCUUGCUAUCAUUUCACAAGAAGACUUUAGGUGCCUGCCUAGCCCUCGGGAGGUCCCCUUGUAAUGGCGUCCAAGGCCCAGCACAGUCGGGCGAGGCGGCGGCUGAGCCGGGCCGGCCUUCUUGCUAACAACUCCCGCUCCUGGGCUUUGAGGCCCUCUUAGGGGCGGCGGGCGGGCCCACUCUGGCCGGGCUGGGCUGGACUUGCCUGUGUCCGCACCAAGGGCUGCCUCAUGCUGGGCUAGCAAAGACCUGAACACUCUGGCCGAUCAAAGGCGUUGUCCAGUCCAAACCCAUGGGGCCGCGUCACUCAUCCCGGCAACGGGGCCCCAAGACCUUGGCCAGGCCCAAACACGGAACAAUGGAACCGGCCAUUCCAAACACUGACCAAUGGCGUGAGCCAAUGCAAAACCGGCCGCGGACUUUAUUUGCCGAGGCCAGUGGGCGCGUUCGUCCAUCAGCACUGACCACUGGUGCCUUCCAAUAUCUGGGACACGAGGGUCCAGAACUGAGAGCACAUGAACAGAAAGUCCGAGCGUCUUUCUUCCCGUUCGCCCGUCUCGGCUCCUCCCCCGUCUCGGCUCCUCCCCCGUCCUCCCCUCUCCCGGAGCACAUGGGCCUGUCCAACCUCCCGCCUGGCUGCUCCAUUGGUCGCCUCUGGUGCCCGUCGUCAAAGGCGCAACAAAGCCCGCCCACGGUCCCCAUGGAAACAGCGAGGGACGCCAACCUCGCGGAGGACGAGGGCGAGACGACUGUGGGUGCUGCCUACCUAGGACGAUCACCUAGUCGCAGGGUUCCUGCUCUUGGUGGCCGCCAUGAAUCAGGAAGUGAACCUUGAGGACACUCCUACGCAAAGAAGCUCCAGAGAGUGCACUGAGGCCGAGGAGGUGUCCUUUGUGGAGAACUUGGCCAAGGAGGACAUCGAUGCUGCUGUGGAGAUCAUCCUGUGCCGAGAAAGCUACAUCAUAGAGGAAGUAAACAAGUAUCUGCAGCGCCAGGAUUUUUUAAAUUCGAGGAGGAAGGAGCUGCUGCACAAGAGAUGGACCGAGAAUGUGGCCUUUCCUCUUCAGCAGAAAAUCAUUGACAAAGUCGGUUCCCCCAAGGAGAUCCAAAAGAAGAAGUGCCUGGAGCUGGACGGUUACUUGCGGUUCAGGGAUGCCACGGUUACGAUCCCUCUGUUCCGCGAUCCCCUGUUACAAGCCCAGCAAGACAGAGAUGAGGAGAACCGAGCAAUUCGUCAGUGCGAGACAGGGAAGAUCUACACCAUGAAGCAGUUUAAGGAGCUGGAGAGGGCCGAGCAGCUGGCCAAGCUGCCGCAGUCUUCCCUGGCCCGCCAGAACGUGGGCCCCCACGAGUGGCUGAGAGUCCCUUUCGGGUACAUGGAAAGCGAAUUUCGCCAAAAGUCCAGGUUAAAGGUGAAAGUCGAUCGUAACCAGCUCAGCUCGGACUGGGUUUUCUAUCCUUCCCAAACCAGUGGAGAAGCAGCCAAGAUUUCCCAGGCAGACAGCACUUGGACCUCUCUCUCCGGACAGUUUCCUGAGGAGGAGCCAGGCGUGGUCCAGAGUGCUGACCAGUUGGAGACUGCAUCCAGAGUGAAGGAAGGAAUCACAGCAAAUGACCUGGGAGAGCCGGCUGAGAAAGACGGCAGCGCUUCUGAAGGGGGCCGGCCUGCACGGGGCAGCGGGGCCAUGCUGGGCAACGUCCGGGGCCAACCUGCGGACUCUUCUAAGGACUUCAAUAAAUGAUUUUGUUCCCUCUG